AUGGAUAAUAAACAUAAAUAAGCUAGUUAUUUAGUAAAUAAUGAACGAAAAGACAAUAAUUAGGAUAGUUAUCUUAUUAAGUUUUUACGAAACAUCCCACAAGAAUUCCCUGUUCAAAAUCCAAUAGAUUUGACAGAAAAAAUUAGAAAAACUGAAUUUAAAUUGCACACAGUUGAAUACCCUAAUGAGGGUCAAUUACAAGGAGUCAUAUUUGUUUUGUAAGAGUAUGGGGGUUAUUGCGAUUUUUACGGUCAUUACUUCAAGGAUCUAGCAAACUAAGGAAGGAGAGGAGAUUCUGGUCCAAACUUAAUGGAUGAUUAAUGGAGAUUUAUUGAUAAAAUUGUUGAGAAAUUUGAGCUUUAAGAAGUAAAUAAGUAUUUAUUUGGUCUUUCUUUUGGAGGUUUAAUUUGCAUGAGAAUGCUUCAAAUUAGACCAAGUUUCUUUAAUGGGGCUAUCCUGCAUGCUCCUUAGUUAGCUAAUCAUGAAAGUAAUCAUAUAGGAAAACGGUGCUGUUGCUAUCGAAAUAAAUACCUACCAGCAAAGUCUACCAAUUAAGAAUAUGAUGAAUUUGCUAACUUUGUUAAAGCUAACAGAAAUCUAAUGAUCAUGCAGAUUUAGUAUAAUAUGGCCAACUAUGUGUUAAAUCUUUAAGAUUUAUAUAGCAAGGAGAUUGAUAAGAUUCCUAAUAUUCCUAUUUUCCUAUCAAUUGCUGGUAAAGACUUGGUGGUUUCAAAUGGUCACAUUAAUGAAGUGUCAAAAUAAUUAAAACACCCCUAAAAUAUGUUUGUGACUUAUGAAGAUUAACUUCACUCAUCAUUUUACUUUGAUGGAUUUUACCAAUAAUUGAUGAAAGAUAUUCAUGACUGGCUUGUAGAUAUUAAUAUCUAGAAUUGA